AUGGUAUAUGACAUUGCCCACCGCAAGAAACCAAGAGUCAAAUCUCGCAUGUUAAAGUCCAGAGAAAAGCAUGGAGGGAAACGAGUGCUGGUUAGGAGAAUUCCACCACGAGAGCCGGUCACCUUUAAAAGAAGAAAAAAAACCACAGGAAACCUUGGGCACGCGAGAUACGCUUCAGUGGUGGCGCUGCCCACUGUACCAAAACAAAAAAAAAAAAAAAAAAACUAA